AUGCCCCAGUCUCAAAGUCAGCCCCAAUUCCAAUCUCAGCUGCAGUUCCAAAACCAACCCCAGCCUGAAAUUCAGAUCAGGACCCCGAAGGUUAACUGCCCGGAGAAAGUGAUCAUCUGCUUGGAUCUUUCAGAGGAGAUGUCACUGCAGAAACUUGAGUCGAUGAAUGGUUCCAAAACCAACGCAUUAAACAUCGCUCAGAAAAUGAUAGAAAUGUUUGUCAGGACGAAGCACAAGAUCGACAAGCGGCACGAAUUUGCUCUGGUGGUGGUGAAUGAUGAAGUCACUUGGCUGUCCGGAUUCACUUCUGACCCCAGGGAGGUUUGCAGCUGUCUGUACGAUCUGGACACAAAUGUCUGUGAGUCUUUUGAUCUGGAUGGGCUCCUUAACCUUGUACAACAAAAGAUUGAGUUGCCAGUGACAGAAAAUGUGCAGACCAUCCCUCCUCCAUACAUUGUGCGAAUGAUACUCGUCUACGUUCGAACUCCCUGCCACCCCCAGUCAGUCUCAGUGGAGCAUUUCAGCAAAAUUCUACAAUCUCCUUAUUUUUUCUUCGACGUGAUCUAUAUUUGCAACAGCACUGAAGAAAUGAACGAGGAGCCUAGCAGCGAGGAAGCUUCUUCAUUCUUCAACAACUUGGACACAAAGGGGACCAGUUACAAAUAUGACGUGUCACUGGCCGGACAGGCCGUGGAGCUGCACAACUGCAUGGCCAAGCUGCUCGCUCACCCCCUGCAGAGGCCCAUCCAGGUCCACGCCGUUUACAGUCUGUUAGACGAUGUGGAUGUCGUGGAAGUGGAAGCAACUGUCUGACAGCACCAUGGUCCUGGGAGAAGUAAAUGAAAAUUCUCUCUCACUUGUGCACUGUCUGUCUGCCUCUUCUCUCUCUCUCUCUCCCCCUCCCCCCUAUCUCUCUCCUAUCUUUCUCCCCCCUUUCCCCAUCUCUCCCUCCUCCCUCUCUCUCUCUUUCUCUCCUCCUAUCUCCUUUCCCUCUCCCACCUCUCUAAUAGGUCUUGCAGUAAUGACCUGCCAUCUCUCUAUGCCUUUGAAGUCUCCCACUGGCUGCUUCACCCUGCGACUCCAGUCCAUUAUAGCUCUGACUGUUUAAUGGGAGGGGGGGGUGUAGGAUUGUUGUCAGUAAUUUGAGAAGAGCAUGAACUACGAGUGGUUGCUGAGGCGUGUAGGCUCCUACUGGCUCUAAUCCAGAUGUGUUUCCAAACUCCCACACCUAGCAUCAUUGGGGUCGACUGCAUUGCUUCGGUCCACGCACUCGCAUCGGGUUCUGCCUGCUGCUUUCAUUCAGCGAUGAUGAUCCCAUGUCCCUUGCGCAGAUGGAAGAGCAGGUUCUUCUAUCUUCCACCUCGAAUCAAAGCACCAUCGAUUGCCGGAUUUGUUUCCUUCAUGUCACUGUGCCUCAUGGCAGCAAUACAUCACUCCUUGCACUUCAUGGUAAUUCACAAGAUGUAAAAAGAAUCCCACGCUUUCAAAUGCAUAUCAACUAAUGUAAAUACAGCUAUAAUCCCCAGUCAGCAACACUGGCCAGAACAUUCUUUCAUGAAAACCUGUCAUAAAGCAAAACAUUUAUUGCCAAUUAUUGUUUGCUUUAAAAUGAAUAAAGCUACGUCAAAUACA